UAGUAUUUUCCCGCCAAACUUGUAGCACUCUUGCACCGCAUCUGUUGUAACUUCUUGUCCCUCGCCAGGCUACAAUUAUUAAAAUUUCGUCAAAAUGGGAGCUGUUGCUGAUAUUGUUGUCGAUCAGAGACUAAGAGAUAUUCAAAGAGAAUAUCUGGAGUUCUUGGAGGAUGAGGAAGACAAUGGAGUGUACACACAGCUGGUGAAGGAAAUGAUAAAUGCUGACAACUGCAGACUGGUGGUCAACAUCAAUGAUCUGAGGAAGAAAAAUCCCAAGCGGGUAGCUGGUUUGCUGAAAUGUGCCUUUGAAGAGCUGCCUGCUUUUCACCGUGCACUGCGAGAGUUUGUGUCUGCAGUUGAUGCAACGUAUGUCAAGAAGCACGAGGAGCUUUUUGUGGGCUUUGAAGGAAGCUUUGGCAGCAAGCACGUCUCUCCACGCACACUCUGUGCUGGAAACCUGGGCAACCUUGUCUGUGUUGAGGGAAUUGUCACUAAAUGUUCUCUGGUGCGACCAAAGGUGGUGCGUUCAGUGCACUAUUGUCCUGCCACCAAGAAGACGUUAGAGCGUCGGUACACGGACCUCACCUCUUAUGAGGCAUUCCCGUCGUCGGCAGUUUACCCAACAAAAGACGAUGAUGGCAAUUUGCUGGAGACUGAAUAUGGACUCUGCACAUACAAGGACCAUCAAACUAUCACUAUUCAGGAGAUGCCGGAGAAAGCCCCUGCCGGUCAACUGCCUCGCGCUAUUGACGUGGUGCUUGACAACGACCUCGUCGACCAGUGCAAGCCUGGCGACCGCGUGCAGGUUGUGGGCAUCUACAGGUGUUUGCCCAACAAGCAGGGUGGCUUCACCAGCGGCACCUUUCGUACCAUCCUCCUCGCCAACAACGUGAUACUCAUGAGCAAGGAGCUCUCGCCUAACAUCAGCCUCGAUGAUGUCAACAAAUGCAAGGCUUUCUCUAAAAUGGACGGAAAUGUGUUUGAGCUGCUGGCCAAGUCCCUUGCUCCAAGUAUCCAUGGGCACGAGUACAUCAAGAAAGCUUUGCUAUGCAUGCUGCUUGGUGGUGUUGAGAAACAUCUUCCUAAUGGCACCAGGCUCAGAGGUGAUAUCAACAUUCUGCUGAUUGGAGACCCAAGUGUUGCCAAGUCUCAGCUACUGCGCUAUGUGCUGCACACCGCACCUCGCGCCCUCAACACCACGGGGCGUGGCAGUUCAGGUGUCGGUCUCACUGCCGCUGUCACCACAGACCAGGAGACUGGCGAUAGAAGACUGGAAGCAGGAGCGAUGGUGCUUGGUGACCGAGGCAUCGUCUGCAUCGAUGAGUUCGACAAGAUGAGUGACAUGGACCGGACCGCCAUCCACGAGGUGAUGGAACAAGGUCGGGUCUCCAUCUCAAAGGCCGGCAUCCACGCAAGCCUGAACGCGCGCUGCUCUGUGCUCGCGGCCGCCAACCCUGUUUACGGCCGCUAUGACUCCUACAAGACGCCCAUGGAGAACAUUGGCCUGCAGGACUCGCUGCUCUCACGUUUUGAUUGCCUUUUCAUUAUGUUGGACACUGCUGAACCCGCCAGCGACAGAAUGAUUGCUGAUCACGUGGUCAGGAUGCAUAGAUAUCGUGGCCCGAUGGAGCAGGAAGGCGAGGCCAUGGCCUUGGGCCUAGGCAUCGACAUGCUCUCCACUGAGGACCCUUCUGGCAACGACCAGGGAGGCGACGGGCAGGAAGAAACACCGAUCUAUGAGAAAUACGAUGCCCUUCUCCACGGCUCCUCACGGGCGGCCACGGAUAAGUUUGUUAGUCUGCAAUUCAUGCGCAAAUACAUUCACUUGGCCAAGGCAAUCAAGCCAGUCCUGACGAAAACAGCCUCAGAAGCCAUCGCUGAAGAAUAUUCUCGACUUCGCUCACAAGAUUCGGAGCACAAUGACAUAGCCAGGACACAACCUGUAACCGCCCGAGCGCUGGAGACGCUCAUCCGUUUGUCAACAGCUCAUGCGAAGGCGCGUCUUUCCGUCAAGGUGCAGGCCAAGGAUGCCGAGGCCGCCAUCGAGAUGGUCCAGUACGCCUACUUCAAGAAAAUUGUGCUGAAGAAGACCAACAAAAAGAGCGCCAAGGAGUCAGUUGAUAGUGCCGAGGAGUCUAGCGAUGAUGAAGAAACAUCAACGCCCGCGGUUCCUAAGAGGAAGCGCAAGUCGGGCGACGGCGUCCAACAGCCCACCAAACGGCCCAAGAAAGCUGCCGUGCACGACGAAGAAGACAUCGAGGCCCCCGUAGCUUCCCAGCCUCGCACACCAGCCCGCGCUAGACCUACUGCUCCCGAGCCUGCUCAGGUGAAAGAAAUUAGCAAAGAAAGACUAACCGCUUUCCGAGCCUCCAUGAGCAAGAUGUUCAUGGAGAGCUAUUCACAAACUGUCACAAUGGACAAACUCCGAAGUUAUAUGCGCGAGAAGCACGCUGACCAACCGUUCUCAGAAGACGAAAUCGAGGCAGCUGUGCAACGCAUGACGGAUGAUAAUCAGAUAAUGGUUGCGGAUGACAUGGUCUUCCUUAUUUAAUUUUAAGUUCUACUUUUUUACGUCUGUUUUGCUGUUUUUACGGUUAUGCAUCGUGCGCUAUUGGAAAGGAUUAAUUUCAUCAGGUCAAGUCUGCUUAGUAUUAAUGAGGCGGAUCGAAGAUUCAUGCAAUGGUUUUGUUUAGGUGGAUGAAAAGUCUGAUGAAGUGAAGGUGAUAGAAACAUGAUUCUGUUAUACAAAGCCUAUAUCUGUACACCUUAGUGAUGUCGAAAUUCUCGAUAAUAAAUAUUAUCCUAC